ACCCGUUUGAACGAGAACGCUCACAAGCUUGGUCUUGCUUUCACUCUGGAGAACUAAGUAUGUUCUCCCAAAAAAAUUAACUCCCCUUUUUAUUCAAAAAAAAUUAUUUCCUACGACAUGGUCAUCACGGACCCAUUGCUGCUGGUAAUUGUAGAUUGUCACUGUAUCCUUAGUUUUUUAUUUCAAGGAACGAUGCAUAAGCAUUCGAUCUUAACACGAAAAAACAGGCUAGCUGUUUUUGUUUCAUUCAAUCUGCGUACCUUUUUAUAUUUUUUAUUCUUUAGGGGUGGUGGGUAUAGCGAAAUGGAGUUGACCUAGGUUUAUGUGGAUGAGUGCCUAAGAGGAGAGACGAAUGGGGAGCAUGGGAGCGGUCAUAAAACUAAGUAAACGAAGAAAGGCAUAUGGUAAGAAGAAACAUGAAAGACAACAAGAAAGAAAUAAUUGGGGUGGUGUGAAAACGAAGGUGAAAAAGUCG